CAGAAUUGACCCAAUCUAGCGUCACGAGCCCAUCUCCGUCACCCUGUUGAGUUCAAGUUCUAUUUGUCAACAACGUUGGAAAUGAAAAUUAUGUGUUUCCUCUUGAACUGAAGACCCAAUCAAAGUGUGCCUCUGAAAGUCUGACCAGACGGGUGCCUAAUCUCCAGCCAGAUGACCGAGUGGAUCCGAGAUGCCAACUAUGGCCAGGCCACCCAGGAGGAUUACCUCUUGGGCCAGGAGAUCGGUCCAAAUUUCGAACAGCAAGGCACCAUGGGACAGAUCAACGCUGUGGAAUACGAUUGCACUCCUCAGUCGAUUUUUGCGUCUCGAGCCGAACAUCAAGUGGAUUUGCAGAGGAAAUUGCAAGAGGACCCUUUGCUGGCUUUGAAGAAACGCGAAUUGGAUUCCCGACGAGCCGUCCUCGACAAUCCCAUCAAACUUAAGGCCAUCCAAAAGAAGAUUGAGAAAAUGAAGAAAUCCAAAAAGAAGAAAAAAUCCAAGAAACGCAGCCGAUCCUCAUCGUCUUCAUCGGGCUCGGACGACGACCAAGACUUGGAUGCCAUUCUCAUGAAGAAACUCGGCGUGAUGCCCGAUAAUCCACCCGCCACUUCCGACCCGGCCACAUCGAGCCGAUCGCCCCAGCGACACUCCUCCAGUCCAGACUCCUCCCCCGAUCGCCGGAAAAAGCCCACGCAUAAUACCCAUCGUCGUCCUCGUUCCCCACGCGCCCGUCGAAAACCCUCGCGCUCGCCGCCCACGGAGCGCCGAAACCGCUCACCGGCCGCAUCUAGACGUCGACGAUCACGGUCGCCCGAGCCGUCUCGACGACCAGCCCGAUCAUCCAGAGAACGUGGCUAUCGACCCGCCGCUCGAUCCGAGCGUGGCCCACGCUCCAUAUCCCGUUCGCCCGAGGCCAGAAAGAAGGUCCAGAGUGCGUUGAAAUAUCGACGGGAUCGGUCCCGAUCUCGAGACCGUCGACGUUCGCGAUCACCCGCUAGAAGGUCAUCGCACGCGAGUAAGUCCCGGUCCAAGGAUGAAGAUGAUCAAACGAGAGAGAACAAGCUCAAGGAGAUGAUGGAGAAUGCCAAGUGGCGCGAGGAUCAGCGCACCAAGAACGUCAAGCAUUAUCGAAGUCUGACGGCCCAGGAGGAAACGGAUCAUUUGACCCGACAUGAUCCGGAUUUCAUUCGGCUACAACUCAAUCGGGCGGCGGAGAAUGCCACCGUGGAGAAACGCAUUCGAAGCAACCGCCACAACAUCCAGCGAAGUGGCGCCAAUAUGGAACAGAAUUUUGCUCGGCGUUGAACCGAGUCUGAUCGUGAUUUGUUUCGAGAAAAAUGCGUCCGGAAUAAGAACAAGUUUGCCCGCCAGCCAGA